UCCAUUCCUGCUUCACCGGCAUCAAGUGCAGCCCAAACACACUCCCACUGCGCACACACACACACACACACACACACACACACACGCCCGGUGCAGGCUGCAGGCUGGAUUGUUCGCUGAUGUUCAGAUUGUAUCAUGAAAUAAAGCAGGACUUUCUCCUGGAAUAAAGCAGCAGCUGUUUGGAGAUCUUCUCCUCCACCAGGCUCUAUGAUCUAACAGGUGUGUGAAUUAGAGAUGGGCGCUGUACCACUAAGUCUCCUGCUCCCUGUAUUGCUCCAGCUGUGUAUAAAUCCAGCUGUGAGCUCAGGUGAGGAUGACUACACCUGGAUGCAGAAGAAGAUGCCGCUCUUGUAUGAAAAGCAAACGGUUCCUCUGAGGGUCUCGAGCUUCUCGGCCGAGCCUCUGUUUGAGCUGAAUGGAACGUGUGGGAUUGAGUGUCAGCGUGGGUUUCCGGAGCCGAGCCUGGAGGCCUUGCAGGAGAUGCUUUCAUACGAGACCAUGUAUGAGAAUGGCACACGCACGCUCACGUCUGUCACACUGCAGGAGUUCGAGCUCACGACCAGGAACGCAUCUUCAUCUUCCACGUCACGCCGCAAGCGCGAAGUCUACGGUCCAGACACGCGAUUUACCAUCUCUGAUAAGCAGUACUCCAUGAAGUAUCCGUUCUCCACCGCUGUGAAGAUCUCCACCGGAUGUACCGGCGUUCUCAUUUCACCCAGACACGUGCUGACGGCCGCUCACUGCAUCCACGACGGCACGGACUACAUCAGAGGAGCAGAGAAAUUAAGUGUGGGAGUUCUGCGUGACAAGAAGAAGGGAGGAAAGAGAAGACGAGGAAAAGGACGAAAGGAGGAAGGAGAGACAGAGGGAGUGGAAGUGGAGACGGGAGAAAAGAAACGCGAGAGGAAGUCUAAAGGCCGGAAGUCCCGAAGUAAACGGAGUGUUGCGGGGGGAAAGCCGACGUUCCGCUGGACACGAGUGAAAAAGACGCAGCUCCCUAAAGGCUGGUUUAAAGGCGUGUCUGAGCGCGCGGAGGCCGAUUACGAUUACUGCGUGUUGGAGCUGAAGAAGAAGCAGAAGGUGGCGCACAUGGAGCUCGGCAUCAUCACGUCUGUAAAAAAGCUCCCUGCGUCACGCAUCCACUUCUCAGGGUUUGACGACGAUCGGCCCGGAAACCUGGUGUACCGCUUCUGCUCCGUUUCAGACGAGUCCAACGAGCUCAUGUACCAGCAGUGUGAUGCCAAGCCGGGCGCGAGUGGAGCCGGCGUGUACGUGCGUCUCAAAGAGCCGGGCAAGAGGAAGUGGAAGCGGAAGGUGAUCGGGGUAUUUACGGGGCAUCAGUGGGUGAAGGUCAACGGAGAGCAGCAGGAUUAUAAUGUGGCUGUGAGAAUCACCCCACUGAAAUUCGCACAGAUCUGCUCCUGGGUACACGGAGACUCCAGCAUGUGCCACAACACCUAAUGGAGUUAAACUGGGGUAAUAGACAGGGAUAUUACCCCCAUUUACCCCCAACACUCGGCUUUUAUACGUUACAGCAGUGGAGUUUUCUGAACAGUGUGAGGAAGUAAAUCAGUUUAGUAAUUAAAUCAAAAUCCUGUCCUUUACCCCAUCUGCCCCAUCUCAUACCCCACCGGCCUAUCCCAAACCCCAUCUGCCCCAUCCCAAACCCCAUCUGCCCCAUCCCAAACCCCAUCUGCCCAUCUCAUACUACAUCCCAUACCCCACCGGCCUAUUCCAUACCCCAUCUGCCCCAUCCCAUACCCCAUCUGCCCAUCUCAUACUCCAUCCCAUACCCCACCGGCCUAUCCCAUACCCCAUCUGCCCCAUCCCAAACCCCAUCUGCCCAUCUCAUACCCCAUCUGCCCCAUCCCAUACCCCAUCUGCCCAUCUCAUACUCCAUCCCAUACCCCACCGGCCUAUCCCAUACCCCAUCUGCCCCAUCCCAAACCCCAUCUGCCCCAUCCCAUACCCCAUCUGCCCAUCUCAUACUCCAUCCCAUACCCCACCGGCCUAUCCCAUACCCCAUCUGCCCCAUCCCAAACCCCAUCUGCCCCAUCCCAUACCCCAUCUGCCCAUCUCAUACUCCAUCCCAUACCCCACCGGCCUAUCCCAUACCCCAUCUGCCCCAUCCCAAACCCCAUC